UGCAGGAAUCCCUUGCAACAUCCCGCUGCGGAAAAUCCGCGUCCCCUAAAACAGCUCGGAAGAAAAAGACGGAACAUAAGCAGCAGCAGCGGUAGCUGGAGUCCAGGUCGAUCAUGGUAGAGAAGAAGAAAAAGAAUAAAGAAGAGGAUGGAGGUGAUGGUGCGCAGGAUAAGCCCAAUGAUCGUCGCAUCAACAUCAGCAAGAAGAAGAAGAAGUUGAAGAAGAAUAGGCAAGAGGAGCAGCGAAGUGGGGGUGCGCAGGAUAAGCCCACCGACUGUGAUAUCAACAUCAGCAGGAAGAAGAAGAAGAAGAAGAAGGAGAAGAAGGAGAAAGGGAAGGCAGAGGGAGGUGUUUGGGUGCAGGAUAAGCUCACUGAGCGUGGCAUCAGCAACGUCAUCACCGACGCCCGUUUCUCAGCCGUCCAUUCCGACCCUCGGUUCCAGCGCGUCCCCAAGCACCAUUCCAAAGUCUCCCUCGAUUCUCGCUUCAGCCGCAUCUUUUCUGACGAGGCCUUCUCCUCCUCAGCUCCUCUGGACAAGCGUGGGAAGCGUAAGAAGCUCAAACCCCAAAACCACCCUCUCCACCACUACUACCACCGUGAAGACGCUGAGGAAGAUGACGAUGUUGAUGGAAGUGCCCGUGUUUCCUCAUCGAGCGAAUCAGAACCGUCAUUUGACGAUGAGGAUGUUAAUGCUUCCUCAUCUAACAAAGGCGACAGUGAUGAUGACGGUGACGAUAAUGGCCACGGCAAUGCGUCUGUUGAGGUGGACCCUUCAAAUGUUUUUAAGGAAGAUAUACCGAUAAUCGAAUGUGAAACUCACAGAUUGGCAAUUGUCAAUUUGGAUUGGAAACAUGUCAAGGCUGUUGAUCUCUAUGUAUUAUUGGGCUCAUAUCUCCCAAAAGAUGGGCAGAUUUUGUCGGUGGCCAUCUAUCCAACAGAGUUUGGGCUUAAAUGUAUGGAAGUGGAAGCAGUACAUGGACCCACUGCCCUCUUUGAGAGCUACAAAAAGCAAAAUGAUGACGAUGACGAUGACGAUGAUGAUGACGAUGACAAUGAUGAUGAUGAUGACGAAGAAAUGUGGCGUCAAUAUGAGCUGAAUACACUAAGGUACUACUUUGCAGUUGUGGAAUGCGACUCAAGUGCUACUGCAGAUCACCUUUACAAAACUUGUGAUGGAGUUGAGCUUGAAAGGUCAUCAAAUAUGUUGGAUUUGCGGUUUAUUCCUGAUUCAAUGGAACUUAAGCAUUCUCCUCGUGACAUUGCUACAGAGGCACCUACAAACUAUGAGGCUUUGGAUUUCCAUACUGCUGCAUUGCAACACAGUAAAAUUCAGCUUUCCUGGGAUGAAGAUGAGCCAAAUCGUAAGAUCUUGAAACGGAAAUUCAAUUCUGAACAGCUAGCUGAGAUGGACUUAAAGGAGUUCUUGGCUUCUGAUGAUGGAGAAAGUAGCGACAAUGGUGACGAGGAUGGUAAGAAUGAUGAUGCUGUGCCUGAUGGUAAAUCCCAAAAGCCCAAAAAAGCGGAUCUGUACCGUGCUCUUGUGCAGUCUGGUGAUGGUUCAGAUGCCAAUGAUGACAAGGACAACGAUAUGGAAGUCACUUUUAAUACUGGCUUGGAGGAUAUAAGCAAGCGCAUUCUUGAAAAGCAGAAGGACAAGAAGUCAGAAACCAUAUGGGAAGCGUACCUUAGAAAAAGAAGUGAGAAGAAGAAAGCAAGGAAGGGAGGUUCAAAGUUCUCGUCCGAGGAUGAUGACAGCAGCGAUUCUGAUGUGGAAGUACCAGAUGAGCCCGAUGAUUUCUUUGUAGAAGAAUCUUCGGAUGACAAUGUGCAGGUUGGCAAGAAACGUAGCAAGGACUCGUCCAAUAAGAAAACCGUAGGUAAAAAGCAUCUGAAAGAAAGGAAGGCGUCUCCUGAAGCAGAGGAGCAAGAAGCAAGUAGAGCGGAGCUAGAAUUAUUGCUCGCUGAUGACCAGGGGACUGACCCCAACCUGAAGGGAUAUAAUCUCAAAUCUAAAAAGUGCAAAAAGGGGAAAAGGGGGAAGGAAAUCCCACCUGAGGACAACAUACCGUCCAUUGAUUACGAUGACCCACGGUUUUCUGCCAUGUUUACUUCUCCUCUCUUUGCCUUGGACCCGACAGAUCCACAAUUCAAAAGGAGUGCUGCUUAUAUGAGGCAGUUGAGGAAAAAUCAAAAGGGCCAUGAUAAAGAAGCAAGAGAGGAAGAAGAGAUGCAGCCACCUAGACAAGUACAAUUGCCAUCAGAUGACAUGUCACUGAAGAAACAUGAGCUUUUCCAUUCUGAUGGUACAUCAUUGAAGAAUAAUAAGCAUGAACUCUCAUCCUUAGUUCGACGAGUGAAGAGAAAGGUUGGAAGCUUGCAAAGCUGAAAGGAAGCACGAAUGGUUUUGACAUUGAUGACUAGGAUGUGCAGACUUUCGGUUGUUUAUUAUUAUUAUUAUUUUGGAUUUACGAAAGAAAUGUGCGUUUUUUUCGAGUAUAACCUUUCACCAACUUUCCAAAAGAAACUUUUUUUUUUUU